AUGGCAUAUCUCAAGGCCUACUUCUCGUAUGGCCUACCCACUUUUCUUGUCCUUCUAAUAGCCCUGUAUCUCCUUUUCACUGACUCCGGAGAAGCUUUUAACGUCGGUCGUUUCCUUGAGGAAUCCAGCCCAUAUGCCUGGGGCGCGACGGGGAUUGGGUUGUGCUUGGGGUUGAGCGUUCUUGGGGCUGGCUGGGGAAUCUUCGUGACCGGUUCAUCGAUUCUUGGAGGUGGUGUACGCGCACCUCGUAUUACGACGAAGAAUCUCAUCAGCAUAAUCUUUUGCGAGGUCGUCGCUAUCUACGGCGUUAUCAUCGGCAUCGUCUACUCUGCGAAACUCAGUAAUGUGUCGAAUGACGUGCUCUACACGCCCGAAAACUACUUCACCGGGUUCGCGCUCUUCUGGGGCGGCCUUACGGUUGGCGCAUGCAAUCUGCUUUGCGGUGUUUCUGUUGGUGUUACUGGGUCUACAGCGGCCCUUGCAGAUGCUGCGGACCCGGAUCUUUUCGUGAAGAUCUUAGUGGUGGAGGUCUUUGGCAGUAUAUUGGGAUUGUUUGGUCUGAUUGUUGGGCUAUUGAUGACGAGCAAAGCCCAAGAAUUCAUUGCUGCUGCUGCUAUAGUAUCGCCUUUGGUGCAGUAA